UUCCACAGAAUAGUCGAUUACACAUUAACUUGAAGGUUUACCAGGUUUAAAACGCAAGCGUGAAACGUGGACAAAGAUGUUUUAUCUCCUCACAAUUCUUGCCCACAUCAUAAUUACACCCUUGGUGAUGAGUGUGUUUUUGUGCAUCGUCAUUUCCAGCUGUCUGUUUCACUUUUGUGACUCAAUCCAUCAAGCCAACAGUGCCGAGCUGCCUUCAGCCAUCACAUAAAUCGCUCAGAGGGGCGGACAGAGUGAGAAAACAGCAGGGUGAGGAGAAACAAAAGAGAAAGGAUGGAAACAAAAGACUCUGUGAUUCGCUGACACCCUCGAGGACUUUGGAGAGAGGGUGAGAAAGUGGAAGAGGGGAAUGAGAGAAAAGAAGGUGAAGGAAGUAGGAGAGAAAGAAAUUGGGGGGUGGGGGCUUUGGCACAAAGCGAGUUUUGUUGUUGAUUGCUUGUCAUGUGAUGGUAGAGGGUUGCGUCGCUCCUCCGAAUGCCGAGACACUUUAAGCCCAGUCGGGAAAAUGAGGUGAUGGGUAAGCACAGUGUCAGGGCAAGAAAAAAAUGCAACCCCGAAAUGUUUGGGCUGCCUAACCCCCAAAGCAAUAAUUGGUUUAAAGGCGGGAUAACAUGCAAUGUCAUGCAUUCUGACUUGUUUACAUUGUUGAACAUGCUGGCUUCUCGUGCUUAACAUGGUCAACUUGUUUAAAAACGAGUUGGACGUAUGACGUAGUAUUUCUGUGCUUGAUACACUCCCCCAGCACUCCAACUUGUUUCAGAAAGUUAUUCCUUUUCUUGGGCAAUUCUCCCUGAAGGCGAACGAAAGGGCCCGCCCCCGCUCCAACCGAUGAGCAAGACCCGCUCACCAUCAAUAUUGUCUGCGCUUCGUCAAUAUUGGCUGCGCUGUGGGCCUGCAGGUGCAGCUCGUUACUGUUGAGAUAGGGAAGUUUAGGUGUGUCUGUUUGUUCACGACAUUUCAGUGAUAAAUGUAAUAGAAAUGGCUUAAAACGGAUAGAUGGCAAGGUCCCAAUGCUAAAAGACGCCAGAUAUGAACUGCAUGCGGACUCUUUCAUCUGUGGAAUCUUAAAGAUGUCUCGGUGGUUUUGUGUCCAAUACAGUGGAAGUCAAUGGGAUCCAGUGUUGUUUGGUUACCAGCUCCAAUUAUCCAAAGCGACUACUGUACAGUAUAUGUUUGAUUUAUAUUUUCAGGGACUCAAACCCAUGACUUUGGCGUUGCUCUCUUUCACUUUCUUCCUGUUUUUUCAGUGUUUUGAGCAUACCAUCCACACAAAUCUUGAAUGCAUACAUGCACCCAAGUUUCAUUCAGCUGUCAACAUCAGACAAAAUCACUUGUAUCAGAAUGACAAUUGUCAAGAGUGUUUUCAUGACAGCUCAUUGUGAAGAGAUCAAAAGCGUCUGUUUGUAUGUGCUGUCUGUUCAAGCACCGAGUUUCAGUGAAGACUUACUUGUGCCUUAGUGCAUCAGAAUAAUAGUGAGCCUCUGGCACUUCACUUCUCUUUAGUGUGUUUCAUAAUAUGUCAGGGUAAUUGCUACCACACCUGAGAUCUCAUAUCUACAGCACCUGUCGUGAGCAUAUGGGUCAGUUUUGGAGAUGUGGGUUGUGCAACAUGGAAAUUUCAAACCCAGAGGAUUAAAGAUGUCUGCUGUCAUAACCAUUCAAAUGGGCUGGAAGUCAGCAGUGAUGUUAAAUGCAUGAGUCUAAGCGAGAGUUUCUUCAUGGUGAAGGGGGCUGCUCUGUUUCUUCAGCAGGGAAGUUGUCCACAGGGUCCGAGAGGUCACCCGCAUCACAAGCAUGCAGGUGACUUACCUCAACAUCUGCAGGUGAUGAUCAACAUUCUUCGCUCUGAGGAUCGGAUCAAACUGGCGGUGCGGUUGGAGAGCGCCUGGUCGGAUCGUGUGCGAUACAUGGUGGUGGUCUACACCAGCGGUCGACAGGACACAGAAGAACACAUACUGCUGGGCAUGGACUUCAGCAACAAAGACAGUAAGAACUGCUCCAUUGGGAUGGUGCUGCCCCUGUGGAGUGAUACCAAGAUUCAUUUAGAUGGAGAUGGGGGCUUCAGUAUGACUACGGCGGGGCGCACGCACAUCUUCAAACCUGUGUCAGUGCAGGCCAUGUGGUCAGCACUACAGAUUCUGCACAAGGCGUGUGAGGUAUCACGCAGGUUUAACUACUUUCCCGGUGGCAUGACCCUCACGUGGAUGGGCUACUAUGAGAGCUGUAUCGGCUCCGACCAGAGCUCCAUCAACGAGUGGAAUGCCAUGCAGGACCUGGAGACAUUACGACCGGAUUCUCCCGCAGUCUUCGUAGACAAGCCGACGGAGAGAGAAAGAACCGAAUGCUUAAUCAAAACCAAACUCAGGAGCGUCAUGAUGUGCCAGGACCUGGAAAAUAUCACGUCCAAAGAGAUCCGUAAUGAGCUGGAGCAGCUGAUGAACCGUAAUCUGAAGGAGUAUAAAGAGUUCAUAGACAACGAGAUGCUGCUUAUCCUUGGCCAGAUGGACAAAGCCACUAUCAUCUUUGACCAUCUUUAUCUGGGCUCUGAAUGGAAUGCUUCCAAUCUAGAGGAACUACAGGAAACUGGGGUGGGGUAUAUCCUAAAUGUUACGCGGGAAAUCGAUAACUUCUUUCCGGGUACAUUCUGCUACCAUAACGUCCGAGUGUACGACGAUGAGGCCACAGAUUUGCUGGCACACUGGAAUGAUACCUACAACUUCAUUGUCAAAGCAAAGAAGACUCAGUCCAAAUGUUUGGUUCACUGUAAAAUGGGUGUAAGCCGGUCUGCCUCCACAGUUAUAGCCUAUGCUAUGAAAGAAUACGGCUGGUCUUUGGAGAAGGCUUAUAACUUUGUCAAACAGAAGCGCAGUAUCACUCGCCCCAACGCCAGCUUUAUGAGACAGCUGGCGGAGUAUGAGGGCAUACUGGAUGCCAGUAAACAGCGGCAUAACCGUCUCUGGCAUCCUGAUUCAGAAUGUGAUCACCCCGACUGCCAGCAGGCCGCUGCCCCAUGCUGUUCAAACGCUGAGGGCAUCACCCACAACCCCACAACUCCUGGAAUAACAGUUUGCUGUGAGCCCACAGCCCACUCGUCUCCCAUUAGCCUGGAUCUGGACCCCGCCCACCCACAAAACUUCCACUACUACUUCCGCUGUCUGUCCGACUCCGCCCUCGACAGCGAACCAUCAACGCCAAUCCAUGCACCACCUUUGGUAGAUGUGAAUCGCGUGUACAUCGAGGUUGCAGAUGUAGAGAAAGAUGCGCUUCUUGAUGAAAAUCUUCCUUUACCCCACUUUGCCGUUCCUGGGGACGGUACGGCCGCUCAGACGCGUUCCCGAGGGGCGGAGCCUCUGGAGGAACUGCGACUGCGGUUGGAGUUCAGCACGGUGCAGGAGGAGAAUGAGGAGGAGGCUCAGAAGGAGCAAGAGGAGAUGGAGUCGAAGCCGUCGGAUGAUAGAGGGAUCGAUCUGGCGAGCCUGAACCAUACGUGCAAUGAGAAUUCCAACAACAACAAUCACAGAAAACAACACAAUCUCACUGAAUGUGCCAAUCUGAAGCUGCAUACUAAGGCUAGGCCUGGUCCUGGCUCGCCAUUCAUUUCCAGGACCACCCAGAGCGCUCUGUUAGAGGUUAACAGACAAGGCCUUGCCCCUUUACCCCUCCACAGCGCGCCCAGUAUCUCCAUUCAAACGCCACCCUGUGCCAACUCUGUGACAGCCAAGUGCGGCAAGCUUGCCUCUGAUGUGUGCCUUGAUGCCAAUGCAAUGCCCUUAGGAAAUACUGACAAACCAGAAAGCAAAUCCCUUGACCAGGAUAAUGGGACAUCGCUGCAGGAGAACAAGGUGGAAGGAGAUGUAAUGCAAACAGAGACAGAUUCAAAGGGUUCUGAGAAUGAGGGAGAUGUCAAACGUAUGGAGUCUGCAUGCACAUCACAACAACAAGAAACUCUGAUGCAGUUGCAAAGGUCCGGACUGGUUCGCCGUCGCACGGAGCGCUUGGAAAAACUCUCCGGGCUUUUCCAGGAGCGUGCACGUGCCAAUGAGCAACGGGGUGCUUGUUCUAGCAAAUCUGAGGAUGCAACCAACAAUUCGAUUGAUACUGACCCAUACCACACUUGUUUCGGAACACGGACAGAUUUCUCGACCGAAGCGGCAGUGCCAUUGACGAACGAGACCUUGCUGGCCGCUCUCGGUUCGGGCGGACUGACGCCCGUCUCGUCCCCGCAUGGUUCCACGCUCACCCGCAGUUCCAGUAGCGACAGUAUCCGCAGCGUCCGGGGGAAACCAGGGCUCGUGCGUCAACGCGCGCAGGAAAUCGAGGCUCGAAUGCGUCUAGCGGGACUUACAGUACCGUCACGACUUAAGCGUUCCAACUCUCUCGCCAAACUGGGCAGCCUCACGUUCUCCUCGGAGGACUUAUGUUCGGCGUGCUCCUCCGACGUAGGAACGCUACUAAUGCUCUCGCUGUCUCCAGAGCCUGAACGCUCGGUCACCCCAGACUGGGUCAGACCUUGGCCAUCUUCCCCUCCCUCGACGUCCACCGAUAUGGACCUUUUAAACCAAGGAGAUGCGGGACCUGGGGAGUCCAGGAGCUGACUACAAACAACGGGAGAUUUUAAGUGCCGCGCUACUUUUGAGAUAGAUGUUAAUAAACGUUUGAACAUUUCAGGAAUCCACUGAAGAUCUUUAUGUGGGUAAAACAGGUUGUUUGAGUUUGGAAAUGUGUCUCAUGCAAAAAACAUUCAAUAUUUAAGGAAUCGAUAUCAAAUAUUUCAAAACAGCCUUUCUUCGCAUGGAAUCCAAAUGGACGCGUAUUGCACAUGUUUAUGCAGAAGUCAACGGUUCACAAAGCUUGACAAAGGUUUUUAUUCUUCUUGCUGUCGCUCAUCUCGCUGUUCUGGAGACAAAAUAUAGGAUCCCAAAUGCUGUAAAAGAAAGAGUCAAAAUAGACCAUUGUGUAAUGUUUCCAGCCCACCCAUUCAUCGCACUGCAAAUCACUUAUUUUGCGGCACAAAAUGAGUCACAGAUUCCUUCGGAAAUGGUCACAAAUUUAUAAAAGGGUUAUAGUUGUACUCCCGCUGAGCUUUCACUUCCUGACUAUACAGUGUAAGGAAACGCAUUCUUGAUUAGAAAAGUUCUUUAUGUGCUGAUAGACAUCAUGAAUGUGCACGAGAAACCUUGGUUCAUCCUCAUGUUUCUCUUUUAUCAUCUGUAGAACACUGAUCGUUUAGAGACAGGCUCAAUACCUCAUUCUUAUACAGUAAUGUUUGUAGGGCAGAUCAAGGCUUGAAGGAUGUGGGACAGUUUUGGCCGAUGCAGAAAACAAAACACGGUGACUGGCAGCACUUCAGUGUGUACGGUGAGGUCUGAAGGGUCAUUAAGACCACCAAGAGGAGCGUUAUUUUAAGAUUAUUCAUUUUAUUCUCAAUGAGGGUGGUAUGAAAGACAAUCAUUCAGAAGGGUUGAGAGUCAAGCACCUUGCACACGGAGAUAAAUUUAGACUUGGCAGAUUUGAGUUUUUAGGAAAAGCAUGGCUUUACUGUUGCAGUUUCUAAUAACAGAAAAAGUCAGUGAGCUUGUACUCAUUUUAUGAAAGUUGGACUUUCUUGUUUUUAGUUUCAGUAGCAGAAGAGCAGUUUGUCAUUCCAAAUUUGAUACAAAUCAGUUACUUCAUUAAUUAAAGAGAGACUGUUACAUUUUUUAGCCCUUUAUGCUUAUUCAUGUGAUGAGAGGCUUGUGAGGUAGUAGUUUAAUGGGGUGGCACAUUCCUGGAAAGCUGAAAACCAACAGAACUUUUUGUGUUUUUGAUGUUAGUCAGCUUGGUAUGUUCCGAAUCUUUGUCAUAGCAAUACUCUGUGAGUUUUCAAUAAGAAUGAAAUGAAAGGUGAAAAGACCUUAACAAGACAUUAAAUUACAACACCAUCAGACUCCCUAUAUGUGUGACACCAUAGUUCGUAAUAUUGGGAAUUUCUUAAAGGAAUAGUUCACCUAAAAAUGAAAAUGACUCGCCCUCAAGUUGUUCCAAAACUGUUUCAAUUUCUUUGUUUGGUUGAACACAUAGAAAGAUAUUUGGAAGAAUGUUAGAAACUGACAUUUCUGGGGCACCAUUGACUACCAUAGUAGAAAUAAUUAUUAAAUAAUUUAUUUGUUCUGUUCUUUGCAGAAUUUAAAACAAACAGUUCUGGGGCACCUUUGACAACCAUUUUAGUGGACCCCAACAGUGCCUCAGAAAUCUCAGUUGCUAACAUUCAUUCAAAUAUAUUUCUUUCAACAUAAAGACAUUUAAACAGAUUUGAGUAACUCAUGACAGAAUUUUCAUUUUUGGGUGAACUAUCUCUUUAAAUGUGAGCGUUUGGAUCUCUAGGUGACAAGUCCAUGUCACAAUUAACCAAAAACACAAAAGUAUUUUGUUUUAUAUACCCAUUAUUUUUAUUUUUUAUUGUAGUACAGUAUAUAUUGUAUUACAAAAAAAAUAGCGUAUUAAAAAAGGCACAAUGGUUUAUUCAACGCUUUCAAUGAGACUUGAGGCGGGCAUGUCCUUGUUAAAAAUAAUACGCAUAUUAAUAAUUCAAAUGGUCCAGGCUUUAUUUGCUUUAAGCAAAAUAUCAUUUUUCUAUUCUUAUUGAUUUUGAGGGGAAAUACGACCUGUUUACUCUGUGUGUGUCUGAAGACCACUGCCAUACCAUUGAUGUGAUCACAACCCAACAACAGUACUUGAGGUUUAUUAUGCAGUAUAGUUUUACUUACAUUUUUUUAAGAUUUUUUUUGUACACUUAUCUAUGCCAUCAUGUCAGAUUUAAGCAACUGAAAUGUGAUUUGUGUGAGUGGCGCCUUGCACAGCGGCUGCACCAUUACUGUGAACUAUUUAUGAACCCUUUCAGAAUGUGUGUGCGCACGCUUUAAGAUAUGAGCGGGCUCAUAGUACACAUGCAGUCUCCACCUUCACACAAACACACUCAGCAAUACACUGUCUGUAAAUACUGUAUGUUGGUCAUGUAACAGGGUUGCUGGAGUUAAUGGUACUUAUAUCUGAUAGUCAAUAGUUAACUUGAAACAUUUCCUCAUACUGUAGUUGCUUGCAAGUUGCAUGAUGGUUUUUGAUUGAAUGAGUAUCAUUCGUCAACACCAUUAUUAUUUUAUUUGAUCUACGGGGCUUAAACCGAUUAGGACAAAACUACUAAAAACUGUAAAAUGUACUAAGCUCUAGGCCAGAAAGCAGUUUGUGUCAUAAACUGCUACUUAUAUCCUUCUAGAAGGAAAUGCACACAGUGAGAAGUGACAAACUCCUCCCCAAAGAUUUUCCAUCGGAUGCCAUAUUGAAGUCAAAUUUGGGUCGGAGAUUAAAUGGUUUCGGUUGCCUACAUUGUCUUGAUUCAUCAACAUCAAGUGCCUUACCCAGAAGCACUAGAGGCUAAAUGCUGACAGUUAGUCAAAGUGAGAGAGUAGGAUUACUGUACAUGGGCACAUUUUAUAGCUGGUGGGUUUUUUUGACUUGCACUUCUGAAUCAUGUUGUAGAGAAAAUAUAGAUUAUUGAUGUUUGGCUGAUUUGAAGCAAAUGCCAAUUUGUGAGGGCUGUAAGAGACUGUUGGGAUUUUAUUAUGUUUAAGUGAUGACCAAAGUUGUGUGAUAUUGAUCGAUAUUAUUACAUGCCACAUGAUGUUUUAUUAGGUACAGCCAUAGAUUCAAGCAUUGUCAGCUGACUAAAAGAGAUUCUCAUGUCACGCUGGUUAUGUCAAAAAGUAUCAUUUGUGAAUAAAGAAUGCUGUUCAAUUGCAGUGGUCACGAAUUUGGAAUUCUCUCUCUCUCUCUCUCUCCUUUUCCACACUGGAUGCGACAGGCACAACACGACAAAAGUCAUUAGAAACGCAUUAGAACCCAUUAUAAUCUCAAAUACUGUCCAAACUGGAUGCGGCACGGCAAGACGCGACAAAAGAACGAGCAGGUUGUCAUGUCGCUUCGCGCCAGUUGGGUCCUGUGUUGACAUGGCGUCUCUCUCUCUCAAUUUUCCCUCAUCUUUUGUCACUGUUGUAAUUGCUUUUAAGUAUGCAGUAUAGUUUUGUCCUUUGUACUGCAGAUUUGCUGUAGUUCCAAUGCAUAUUGCACUUUGUACAUUUUGUUGAAACAAUGUACUGUAUGUGUAUAUUAUGGAAAUAAACUUUUACAUUCAAUUUUA